GCUGACGCUGCCUCCAAGCCGUGGCCUUGUGGCGCCGCAGGCGGUUGGUGAUGCACAGCUUUGGCUGCAGGAUGAUUCACUUUUUCUGCGAUGUCUCUUCGAUGAGGAGCAAGAGGAGGAGGAGGAAGAGGAUGAGCUGAUUGUUCCUCUCUCUGGGGUCAGUGACGUGGACGUCAAAGCUGAUGGCCAGUUUGUGAUACUAUCCUUAUCACCACCGUUGGCUCCAACUGGCUUUGCAGUGGACUUUAUGGCGGAAGGUCACCGAAUUGCCACGCUCACGCUCUCGCCUUAUAUGGAGGAGCUGAGACCUGUACUGGCAACGCUGAUGACCUGGCUGCGGCAUCUCACUGUGCGUGGGCCGCGUUCGCUGGGACUUUCGCCUCGACCAGCAGUUGAGUCAUUUUCUCUCCGUUACCAAGGAACAGUCCUCGAAGAACGGGACCUGGAUCUGUUGGAGGAUGAGCAGUGGCUCAACGACACCAUCAUGGACUUUUUUAUGCGUUUGGCCAUCGACGUGGCUGCACCGUCCAAGCUGCAAGAGCAGCUUUACGUGGCCAAGACUCAGUUCUUCACCCGCCUUACUGCCUGUGGCGCGUCCAGUGGCGAGAAAGGCUGGGAAAAUGUGAAGACUUGGACGAGGAGCGUGUCGGGGGGCGUUGCCUCACAGAAAGUUCUCAUCUACCCCGUCAAUGAGGGCAACCUUCAUUGGUGUGUGUUCUUUGUUUGUCAUCCACAUCGUGCCAUUGAACUGGCAGACUCCAGCGAAGAACACCCAGUGGCUCGGAACAUUUCAGAGCUGUCAGAGGAACGCCUUUGUCAAUGUGUUGGUAUGCAUUGGUAUGCACAGUCAGCAUGUUGA